AUGCUGUCGUCCUCAUUACGUCGGGCGGCAUGGGCGCCAGUCGCGCCGGUCUCUGGCAUCUGCCGCUCAUCUACCCAAGGCCUCGCUACCGCGUCUACAGGCAUCGUACGUCAACGCCGUUACUCGUCGUCAUCCUCUAAGCCGAGCGACGGUUCCAGGAGGGUCGACGCCUCGUCUCAGGCUCCCGCGAAGCAGGUCAGCUCUGCCGGAGAAAAGCAGGGCAAGUCCUCUAGACGUCGGGGAAAGGAUGGCAGCGGCAGCGGCCGCAACGGCUCCAGGUCCAGCCAACCCAACGCUUUUUCAAACCUUCCCAGCGUUCCCUCGACGCAACACCUGCAGCCUCACGAUGUUCAGCUCGCAUCGUUCUUCUCCAUCCACCGACCUAUCUCCGUCUCUACAACCGUCCCUCCGCCCUCAAGCGCCGAGGCGUUCGACUCGAUAUUCACCAAACAAGCUUCGAAGAAUGCAUCUGAAGACGUGAUCCUCACCCUUUCCUCCGCCGUGAAUUCCAUGGAGAACGCUGCGCACCAUCUAGCGGAGAACGAUGGAAUCAUGAACGCUUUUGAGAUGGAGGGCAACCAGCUUAAUGGACUGGAUAUGACCGAGCUGAAGGUGUCCGUGGAGGAAAUGACAAAGCGCCUCCGUCCCUUCAAUCCUCCCCCACCACCAACUCCCUACGUUGCAUCGGCCGAAGCGGAACAGACACAAGAGACCUCAAGCUACUCCGCCGUUUUGACAAUUCAGGAGUCAACUCUAUCUGAUGGAAGCAAGACCUACGAGGCCCACACUACGCCGUUCGUUCAGGCCAGGACCAUGGAAGCCCCCGGCGCCGAAGGAACGGACGCCGUCAUUGACGUUCCGCAGAACUCGCAGACCACCUACAUUGAGCGCCUGCGCAACCCCGGAACCAUGCAAGCACUCAGCACAAAGCGACGACGUGUACGAAAGAUGAAGAACCACAAGUUCAAGAAGCUGCUCCGCAGGACGAGGACACUGAGACGAAAGCUCGACAAGGCGUAA